AUGAUUAAAUCAUUAGUUUUUGGGAUCGGUAAAAGAUUACCCAUUAUAAAUAAAUUUACACCAUCAAGUGAUAAUAAUAAUAAUAAGAAUAAUAAUAAUCAACAAGAAGGACGAUUACAAUCUCCAAUACUGGGUUCUACAACUGAAGAUGAGUAUAGUGAUGACGAUAUUGCUCCAAUACAUAUUCAAGAAUCUCCAAAGGAUAAAAUACACUCAAAAUUAUUAAAUAAUAGAGAAUUAAAUUCAACUAAUUUACCAUUAAGUAGUACAUCUGAAAUAGGGGAUCAAUUUAUAUUCGAUAGUCCAAAGGCGAACUAUUUUAAUAAGGUAGAUAAUAAACCAAUGUUAGCAGUUUCAACAAGAUUAAAAAGGAGAAAAAAUAGAGAUGUUUCAAAUUCAACUACAACUUCUUCAACUACAUCAUUGAUUUCUGAUUCAAAUUUAAAUUCAAAUAAUUUAGAACCAUCAUCAUCAGAAACUGAAAUUGUAGAAGAAGGAGAAGGAGAAGAAGUAGAUAAUGAAAGUAAUAAUCGAAUGAAAUUAUUUUUGAAUGAUCAAGAUAAGAAAUUUGAAUUUGAUAAAUUAAUUACUAAAAAUAUAGAUAAGGUAUUAGAAGAACCGAAAUCAUCAUUAAGUAAUCCAAAUAAUGAAUUAAUUAAAUUGGUAUACACUAAUAGAUCUGUUAUACUUAAUGGAUUAUAUGAAAUUGGAAAAGAAAAGAUUAGUUCAACAUUACCAUGGAUACCUUUUAUAAAUACUAAGAAACAAGAAGAAAAUGUCGUUGUUGUUGAACAAAUUGAAGCACCACAAUUAGCUAGUCCAUUUGAAUCACAAAGUUUAAUAAUAGAUAAUCAACAACAACAACAACAACAACAGCAGCAACAACAACAACAACAAAUUCUUAGUGAAUCAGAUUUAAUAGAUCAACAAAAUUAUGAUCAAUUAAUUAGUCAUUUAGAUGAUGAGAUUAAAAUAGACAUCUUUCUUGAUUCAUUAGAUAAAAACACAAAAUUGGCAUUAUAUCAUUCGUUACAAAAAGAUCUCAAGAUUUAUCAACAACAAGAUCAAACGUUUUUUUAUAGAGAUAAGAAUAUUUCAACAUUAGAUAAAAUUCAAAUGUUUAUAAUCAUAAGCGUUAAAUUAUUCAUGACUGGUUUGAAAUUGUUUAUUCCAAUUACAAGGUACCUAAUUUACAAAUUUCAAAAUAAUCAAUUAUAUUUAUUUAAUAAUAAAAACAUAGAUAAAUUUUUUGAUUUUAUAUUAAGAUUUAUGAAUUAUUUAAAUAUAAAAUUAAAUAAUAAUGAAGAAGUAAUUGACAAAAUUUAUCAACAUGAUUAUAUUAAAGCUGAAGAAAAUUUAGAUUUAAUAUAUCAAGAUUUUCAAAAUUAUUUUAAACCUUCAAAUUUAAAAGAAAGAUUUAUUGCAAAAGAUGAUUUAUUAAAAAGAAAUAUUUAUGAUUAUAUGGUUAGUACAUUUACUAAAACAAGUUCAAAUCAAUCUUCACCUACUGAACUUAAAGAUUAUAGAAAUAAUCCCAGAUAUAAACAAUAUUAUAGUAAUCAUGGUGGUUUAAAUGAUGUUUCAAUGAUGGAAGUUGCUGAACAAUUUUUUGAAGAAUUUGAAUAA